AUGAUCGAGCGCAGUAAAAGUCGAGCUCUGGCAGAUCUAUCAGUUCCAACAAGACGAAUUUUGACCAAAUUUGAGCGGAGCAAGCCAAUCUCGAAAAACAGGCUUAAUGCGAUGUUUUUGAAAGAACUUUUGGUGAUAUUUGCGAGUGGCAUCUUCUCAACUGCUUAUCCAACAGAUGCAACAACAAAAGCCACUGGUAUCCACAAGUUGAUAGAGCUUUAUUUACUAAUGCUUGAAAACGCAAUUGAUUCACUAUUGCUGAGCACAUUCAUGCUCAAACGCCCAAUGGUGUAG